AUGACUUCCAACGGCAACGGCGCUCCUAUGCAGGAGGAGAGGAUCAACGUUGACAUCAUAACCCUCACCCGUUUUCUCACAGAAGAGCAGUCAAAACAUAAGGAAGCCACUGGAGAUUUCACGUACCCCUCCAGAUUACUCUGCCACGCUCUCCAAUUCUCCUUCAAAUCGAUAGCAUAUUACAUUCGACGUGCGACCCUCAUCAACCUUACCGGCCUCGCAGGCUCAAGCAACACAACCGGCGAUGACCAGAAGAAGCUGGAUGUUAUUGGCAAUGAUCUCUUCAUCGCUGCCAUGCGUUCGUCAGGAAAGUGCGCAGUGCUCGUUUCAGAAGAGGAAGAGGAAGCCAUUUUCUUCCCAGAACACAAAAAUGCUCGUUACGCAGUAGCAUGUGAUCCUAUCGAUGGAUCUUCCAAUCUGGAUGCUGGUGUCUCUGUCGGGACGAUUUUUGGAAUCCACAAGCUGGCAGAAGGCUCAACGGGAACAAAGGAAGAUCUUUUAAAGCCUGGUACAGAGCUGAUUGCUGCCGGGUUCACCAUGUAUGGUGCAUCGGCACAAUUGGUUAUUACUAUGAAGGGCGGUAGCGUUAAUGGCUUCACCAUGGACAACGCCCUGGGAGAAUUCAUUCUCACUCACCCUGACAUGAAGAUGCCAAAGAAGAGAGCGAUCUACUCGGUCAAUGAGGGUAAUUCACUGUACUGGGAAGAUUCAACCAAGGAUUACUUCAACUCACUGAAGUACCCAACCGAGGAAGGUGGUAAACCAUACUCAGCCAGAUACAUUGGAAGUAUGGUUGCGGAUGCCUACCGAACUCUGCUCUAUGGUGGUAUCUUUGCCUAUCCUGCGGAUAAGAAGAGUCCGAAGGGCAAGCUAAGAAUUUUGUAUGAGUGUGCACCAAUGGCUAUGGUUUUCGAGAAUGCGGGUGGUCAAGCAUUGAACAGUAAGAUGAAGCGAAUGAUGGAGGUCGUACCCGAGCACAUUCAUGACAGAUCAGGUAUAUUCAUGGGCAGCUACGAUGAGAUGGAGAAGGUCAAGUCAUUCCACAAGUAA